AUUCAUUUGAUUAAUGGACGUUUCUCUUCGGUUUAGUUUGGAUGCCUCAUGUUGAACGAUGAUUUACAAUGUCUGUUAAUCAUACAGAUGCCAGACAAUGUCUUUUUGUUAGAAUUUGUUGUUAAAGUGCCCAUGUGUCAAACUCUGUUUUGUUUUUUUAAUUCACACAAUUUUUCCUGUAAUAUAACCUAGUUUUCUUUACACACACACACACCUUGACACAAAACACUUUUUCUGUGGUUGCAAAUGUGGGAGCCCCUGAAGUAGAGAUCACUUGGAUACAACACACGACCUGACGGUCUCUGCAUAUUUUUAUAGACACACAUGCACGCACUUGCUUUUUCUAUUUUAGUUUUUGGCUGAUAGUUCUUUUUAAUUGACUUCCAGUAUCUUGUUUCAGUUGUACACGAUGCGAAGCACAUCAAUACUACCAAGUCCACCACAAAACGUGUUGGUUUACAAAUACAUUCCAUUUUUCAGCACAAAGGUUUACACUUUUCUUUUUUACCAGGGUGUUAUUUAGUCUGUUGUUCUACUAGUUGAGACAACCCUGGUAAAAAUAACAACCACUUCACCCCAAAAGAAGGGUUCCCUAAAGCUGCGUACCUGAUGGCGCUGAAGAGUUGUCAAACUCAGGGGCUUUUUUUGUGUGUGAAACUAGACGCCCACACAGGAUUACGACACAAAUGCACAAUUAUCACCAUUUGACCUUUCUUUUCUUUUUAUUUCUUUUCUCAAAAUACAUAAAUAUUCCAAAAAAAAAAAAAAAUCUAAAGAGGUACCAAAUUUGAAUCAGUGCUCGAAGGAAAGUGUUGUCGUUUUGUAAGGAAAUGUCAAGCAGAAUUGUGGGAGCUAAUCACUUUUGCAGAAUGUUGAGUGUGAUAUAAUCCCCAAAUUUACAAGGUACCACUGACUUCACUUUUUAAUAUGGGCAUGUGCUUUUUACAGUGUGUUUUUUCUAUCCAAAUGCAAUACAAUAUUCAAAGUGCCAUAUAUACGUCUAGAAACUGCCUACACAUCCUUAUCAGGCCUUGGUUUAGAGAUUGCUGCAGUUCGCCUUUUUUUUUUUUUUUGUGUCUAUGCCAGUGUCAUGAAAGCGCUUGUCACCUGCUCGUGUUUAUCCCCCCCCCCCCCCCCCCACACACACACACUCUGUGUGUUGAGUUAUUGGUAAAUGUGUGUUGUACUCCAUUUGAACAGUUGGUUAAAAGAACCUGUAGAUAAAUAAUAAACUUCCCUAUAGAUUUGACGGUAAACCUCUUUCUUAGUCUACUGUAACACGACAAAUGAUCAGUGACCGCGUGUGUCGGGGAAUUUGUUUUAAAAUCCACUAAAGUUAAAAACAAAAAGCUAAAACUCGAGUUUAAAAAGAAGACGACUUGGUUGCCUUGAUAAUAAGAUCCCUUAAAUGCUCAAACUGUGUGUCAAACACUGAAAUGAUUGCAGAUGUGUGGUUGGUAUAUGCCGUGAAUGGUGAAGUGUUACUGUGAAUGAAUAAAAAAAGCACAAUGUACAGUCCACAGCGGUCCGAACCGGAACUUGACUCACUUCAGGGGCUUCCAUCACAAAAUCCCGUUCAAGCUCUAACAAUCACUUUCUUUGUUCUGUUGUGUUCAUAUUCUGAAGUGCUAUUCCUUUUUUUUUUUGACAAGUGUGGUAACUUUGCAUCUCUAUAGAUAUUGUCUUGAUCCAAAAGAAAAGAGGGAAACAAAAUAUCUUUUUCCUGUUAUUUUCUCGUGUGAUCGGUCGGACUUUGUUCACGUUCCACCAAUAAUUUAAUAGAUGUUUUAUCUUGAUGAAAGCCAAAGUGGGUGCAUCUUGAUGUGAUCUGUAUUAUACAUACAGUAGUUUGUUUUUCUUCUUCUGUUCAGUCAAUAUACAUUUUCUUUGAAACUGGGUGGGAUAUGAAAAAGAAAAAAAAAACGCAUACACAGGCUUUCCAAUUUCUACAACUGGUUGUUCAUAUGUAUUUUGUACCAGUGCAGCUUUUUAUAUUGGAAAUUAAAGGAAAAAAAAAAUCUAUAUUGGAAAAAAAAAAAAAAUUGUCUGGCCUCUCUAUGUGGCCUCUCCGUGACCUGAUCUCGAGUUUGGCCUCUUGGUGGUGUCAAGCAAUUUUUUUUUUUUUGUUUUUGUUUUUUCUCUCUACUCUCUAAAAGAUGCCUGAUUUAGAUCUCUACGUGUUCCUCACUUCGUUAAUCAGCUUCAGUUUCUGGGGUAGGGGAGGGAGGGAGGGAGGGGGGGGAGGGAUCCUCUAAAUCGUGGUAAGUUUCAUGUUAGUAUUUGUGCUGUCCACAUAGUUUAAUGGUCAUCAGGAUUUUGACAACUUGUGUGGUUAAUUGUCUUAGUUGAAGAGUUAACUAUGUGUUUAGUUGGAGCCUUGCUUUUUACCUGUGUAGAGUUUUCUGUUUUUUCCCCCAUUAGCGGAGUGCGUAGCCGAAAGACUCUGUGUUCUUUUUUUUGGUCAAUGUUUGUUCAUGUGUGGUGUGUUUCUUUGCCUCUGUCUCCAAAUUAAACCAUUUCCCCUAAUAUGGACUGUGUCUUUGUGUGUUGUGCUUGUCCAGUGUUGUAAAGACAUUUUACAAACCACCCCCCCCCCCUCCCCCAGUGUGUCAUGUCUCGCUAACUUGUUUCUCUUCGUUGUGCUUCUCUUUGCUUAUUUCUCAGUGUUAGUGGUGAUUAUUUGGGGUUUCAAUUAUAAAACUUCUUUCUAUAACUUGGGUCGCUUGCACGUCUACAGGUGUAAACUAAUAUAUCCUGUCAAUAUGUAGCUGAGUUAAUAGUUGUGAACACCUUGAGUUUAGACAACCUACAGUGAGAUGAUUAGUUGAGUUAAGAUUCAUUAUUUUUAGUCACCAGAAUCUAAUUGGCGAUCAUUUUGAUAAUUGAGUAUUUCAAUACUUCCAGCCCCUCAAAUGUGAGGAUAUUAAGCUUUUCUCCAUCUUCCAUAUCAUGAAAGAACCAAACAAUUAUAAUCAAUAAUGGAAAUAAUCAUUUGAUGCAACCCUGACAGCAAAUAUCCCAAAACAAUCCAAAAACCAAACGGUAUACCAAAAAAUCCCCAUUAUUUUCCUGAUCGUUUUGGUUUUUCGAGUGCCCACAACUCCUUGAAAAUGUAUUUUUUACUGUGUAUGUGGAGAUAGCUUUAGCAGCGUAGUACUCUCAGUAUAACGUGAUAUAAUAAAGGUAUUUCUGUUGGGACAAAGAGAGCCUCACCUACUCCACCAAGACACAACUUGUCCUGCUGCCUUGCAUCAUGGUCUGAAGACGGUGGUGUGGGUGGAGAAACUGGCAUCAUCUGCUUCUACUCUAGAGUUUCCUCUUUUGAACCGAUAUAAAACGGAAGCUUUAACAUAGAAGCUUUUUUGUUUUGGGUGAUUAAUAUCAAAACCUGAUUUAGGGUUUAGGAUAGCUGAAAAAUGUUCUGCUUUACCAACAUGGGUCCAGAAGUGGCAGCCAGCCAGAGUGUGAAAGAUAUUUAUUAUAAUAUGAAUAUUUUUUAGCUUGAAUUGACCACAUGGGACUAUGAUGACGUUUCCCUGAUCUCAAUUAUCAAAACAUACAUUUGGAAGAAAUUAUUCAGAGAUCACCUUCCUCGUUAAUUGAACGUAGACUGUUGUGUUGAAACAGGAUGUUUGAGCAAGGACCGACAUAUAUGGAAAAUUAGAAGCCAAAUGUUUGAUUUCAUCAUGACAUUAAAAAUAUAUUUUGGAGGGUAAAUCUGCAGUUGGUGUAGAGCUCUGUCUGGUGGAAAGCUUACUUUCAAAUUGCUCCAAAAUCUUUCAUAAGUGUGACAUUGGGUUGAGAUUGUGAAGGCCAUAACAUAUGAUCCUCACUUGAAUUCGUCCCCUGUAUGCUAUUUAAACGUACGGCUAAUUGUAGAGCAAUGAAUAUCGACACAAAGCAACAUAUAGAAAAAUACAGACGGGUCGAUUUCAUACCAAAAUCACGUGAAAUCCUGUUUUCCAACUUUUAAAUGUGCAUACUGGAAUUUACAAGGAUCACCUGAACGCAGCACUGACCAUGUUGUUUUGACACUUGUUGCGCUACGUAACGGGGGCUACUUCAGGAUUUUUUUUUUUCGAGCUUGAACACAAGGAACCGUUGCCCCAAAACGUAUUAUCGUGUACUACAAAUACAAAUCAGGUGUUUUUAAUAAAUAUGAGACAAAAGUAAUAAAAAAUAAACUAAAAGGGGAAGAUAUUCUCGUAACAGGGUUGUGAGGACCUCAGCCAAUCAGCUUCCAGUGCGGCGUCUCCUCCCAUAACGUCGUAGAUAAGUAUGGCCGCCGUCCUGUAGCUGUUGGCGUGUCUUCACAAGAAUUAUAGCUUUAAUUACACCUUUUAAAAACAAUGUCGGCUGUACUUUUCCUGAGAAAGUCGCUGAGUAGACUGCCACCGGCUGUCGCUCGGAAGGUGGUCGCCGGCUGUUAUCACACCGAGAAAGGUGUCUUCGGAUACCGACCCAAAGAGACUGAGAGACACCACAAGUCACAGGACGACCGCAUCGCAGCACUCAACCAAGAUCAUGGUCUUGCCCGUCUGGUGGAGGCUUACAGAGCACAUGGGCACAAGGCUGCGAAGAUUAACCCCUUACUACCUGAAAAGCCUGUUGCUGACAGCGUCCCGGAGAUUAACAUGCUGACUGGCACCAUCACUGGACACCUUAACACCUCAGGUCUGCAGCACUUUGGCAAAGCGGAGGCUUCGGUGGAAGAGGUUAAGGCCUACCUGGAGGGAGCCUACUGUGGCCACCUGUCGGUAGAGACCAUCCAGCUGAGCAGCCUGGAGGAGAGGGAGUGGGUCGCUGACCGCUUUGAGGAGCUCAAGAAGAAGAGUUUCUCCACGGAGGAGAGGAAGCAGGUGGCUAAGAUCAUGCUGGAGUCUCAGGAAUUUGACCACUUUCUGGCCACCAAGUUUUCUACUGUGAAACGUUACGGAGGAGAAGGAGCAGAGAGCAUGAUGGGCUUCUUCCAGGAGCUUUUCCACCAGUCGUCCCACAGCGGAGUCACGGACAUUAUCAUCGGCAUGCCUCAUAGAGGCCGACUCAACCUCCUGACGGGCCUGCUGAAGUUGCCGCCAGAGCUCAUGUUCCGUAAGAUGCGCGGCCUCAGCGAGUUCCCCGAGACCUCGCUAGCCAUCGGCGACGUCCUCUCCCACCUCACCUCCUCCGUGGAGUUGGACUUCGGAGCCGCAAAACCUCUUCAUGUGACCAUGCUGCCCAACCCUUCUCACCUGGAGGCCAUCAACCCCGUGGCUCAGGGCAAAACCAGAGCCAGGCAGCAGCUCAGGCAAGAAGGAGACUAUUCACCCGAAGACGACGCCCAGCCGGGGGACCAAGUCGUCUGUCUGCAGGUCCAUGGUGACGGCGCUUUCCCCGGCCAGGGGAUCGUUCCAGAAACGUUGACCCUUUCCAACCUCCCCCACUACAGAGUCGGUGGGAGCAUCCACCUCAUUGUGAACAACCAAGUGGGUUACACCACUCCAUCCGAGAGGGGGAGAUCCUCUUUGUACUGCAGUGACGUUGGUAAGAUGGUGAACUGUGCUGUGAUCCACGUAAACGGCGACGAUGCCGAGGACGUGAUGCGGGCCACUCGGCUGGCUGUGGAGUACCAGCGGCUUUUCAGGAAAGACGUCAUCCUGGACCUGAUCUGCUACCGUCAGUGGGGCCACAACGAGCUGGACGAGCCUUUCUUCACCAACCCGGCCAUGUACAAGGUCAUCCGAUCCCGUAAGAGCAUCCCCGACUCCUACUCAGACCAGCUGAUCUCUGAGGGUGUGAUGACCGAAGUCGAGCGCGAGGAGAUCAAGUCCAAACACUACGGCAUGCUCAACGACAAGCUGUCCAACAUGACCCUGUACAGCCCGCUGCCCACCAACCUGCAGGGCCGCUGGGCGGGUCUGGUGGAGCCCCAGGCCCGAGUCACCACCUGGGACACGGGCGUCCCCGUUCCCCUGCUGCAGUUUGUGGGAGGGAAAUCUGUGGACAUCCCUGAGGAAAUCCAGCUGCACAGCCACCUUAGAAAGACCCAUGUACAGGCUCGGUUGCAAAAGUUGGAAGAAGGGACCAGACUGGACUGGUCCACAGCCGAGGCCUUGGCCUUCGGCUCCCUCCUCUCCCAAGGCUUCGAUGUUCGAAUCAGCGGACAGGACGUUGGAAGAGGCACGUUCAGUCAGCGACACGCCAUGGUGGUGUGUCAAGACACUAAUGACAUGUACAUCCCUCUGAACCACAUCAGCCCUCAGCAGACGGGUUUCCUGGAGGUGUGUAACAGCCCGCUGUCUGAGGAGGCGGUGCUUGGAUUUGAAUACGGUAUGAGCAUCGCACAGCCGAAGCUACUUCCCAUCUGGGAGGCUCAGUUUGGUGAUUUCUUUAACGGAGCGCAGAUCAUCUUUGACACUUUCCUCACUGGAGGUGAAGCCAAGUGGCUGCUACAGUGCGGGAUGGUGAUCCUGCUGCCGCACGGCUACGACGGAGCCGGACCUGAACACUCGUCCUGCCGUAUGGAGCGCUUCCUCCAGAUGUGCGACAGUAAAGAAGAGGGCGUGGACAGUGACUGUGUGAACAUGGCGGUGGUCAACCCCACCACGUCUGCUCAGUACUUCCACCUGCUGAGGAGGCAGAUGAUCCGUAACUUCCGCAAACCUCUCAUUGUGGUCGGACCCAAGACACUGCUCAGAUUUUCUGGGGCAGCAUCCAGUCUGAGUGAACUGGCACCAGGAACAUCUUUCAGAACAGUGUUGGGCGAUACUUCAGUCGCAGCAGAAAGUGUCCAGAAGGUGGUGCUGUGCUCGGGGAAGCACUACUAUGCCUUGCUGAAACAGAGGGAGACGUCAGCAGCCAAGCAGAGCACGGCUCUAGUCCGAGUGGAGGAGCUGUGUCCGUUCCCGCUGGACGCUCUGCAGCAGGAGCUCAAAAAAUACCCCAACGCCAAAGAGUUCAUCUGGAGUCAGGAGGAGCCACAGAACAUGGGCCCCUGGUCUUUUGUAGCUCCCAGGUUUGAGAAGCAGCUGGCCUGCAAGCUCCGGUUAGUAAGCCGACCUGCUCUGCCCGCCCCUGCUGUCGGCAUCGGGAUCCUCCAUCAGCAGCAGCAAGAGGCCAUCCUCACCGCUACCUUCUCCUAGGACUCAACCAGACUGGGAACCAAAAUAACCAGCACAACACUAUGUCAUGGUAUCUGCUGUGGUCCUUCAAUACAUGUACACUGCAGAUACCCGGGACCUUUUUAAACGAUGUUCGGUUUAUACAAUAAAUUGGUUAAUAUAAAUAACAAAUACAAAGGAAGCAUUAAAGAGAGUAGUGUUGAUCAUUUUUAACUCUUAUAGUCAAACACAGGUUUUUAAUGAAUGUGUUUAUGGUGUGAAGGGAAGAGCAGAAUACUUGUCUGCUUGUUUCUAAAGUUUUUCACCUCUUUCUCUUAUUUAAGGCUGUAUUCUUUGUGUUCAGUGACGAGGUGCUAUUGAAUGAAAGAGGACAACGCUUUCCGAGCACGAGGAACCAUCAGUGUCAACAUCCGAACUAUUAAUCCCAACUAUUAAUAGUUGGGAUGUGAAUCGAGGCCUUAGAGACCAUGUUUACAGUGCGUCUGUUCGUAUUUGUAGCACUGGGGAUUGUAUCAAAAGGGUACGAGCUCCACGUUUCAGGAAUGAAAACUGUCCGUUUAAAACAAGAAACUACAUUUAUGUGAUGAGUUUUUAAAGAGCUUCAGUUGUAACCACUGGAUUUUGGAG